UUUUUUCUGUAGGAUAAAUUUUUUUCCCCUCAAAAUAAUUAUUCAUUCAAAUGUCAAGUAGUUAUAAUUAAUUUGUUUGUUUGCAUCUUUCAGUAUAACAAUGUCAAUGAUGCCCAAAGCAAAUACUUCGAUUUAAUUUUCGCAAGAAAGACCACUGGACCACCGCUCAAUCCUAAAAUACAUUGCACUGUGAUGCAGCAUUUAGAUGAUUUGGGCGCUAAAUGGGUUCCUGCGCAAUUUAUGUCAGUCUAUAAACUGUAUAUUAGUUUUACACACAAAAAGCCCGCAGAUGCCCAGAAUUCGGUUAGAUUACAAAACGAUAUCGAAGCAAUGAACAGUAUGAUUACAACAGGUAACGAUGAUAACAAUGAUAACAAUGAUAAUGAGAUUAACCAGAGAGAACAGAAUUGAAAAAAUGAUUAAUUAACAGAGUAAAAAUUAUUUAUUUUGUUAAUUCUCUCUACUCUUUGCAAUCAUAGUGAAUAUUAUCGGAAGAUUAUUCUUUAUGUUGUUCAACUAUUUUCCAAUCUUGUAAACUAUUGAACCACUGGAGUAGGACAAUUUAUUAAUUACUCUUGCAAUUAAUCAGAUUUGGAGAUUUGUGAAUGUAUGGAUUGAUCGCUGCUCUUAAAUCAAUUUUUACGGCAGAAAAAAAGACGAUUUAUCUCAACGUAAACGUGAACAAUUGAGAUUGUUAAUCGGUAAUGUAAUCGAGAAUUACUUUACCCUGUUAAUAGAAUCGCCAAUUGUUGAACAAAGAAAAAGAAAUCAGUUGAUUCGAGAUGAACAUUUAGGUUUCUGGUGAAGAAGACGGGGAAAAGUUAAGAAGAUAAGAGGGAAAAAGAGAAAAAGAGAAAAGAAAACAUUGAGCCUCAGUUUGUUUUCUUUUCAUUUCAGUUGAGCUUCUUCACUUUUGUACUUUUGUUUUCUUCUCUUUUUUAAUUGUUCUGUUUUAAUUAUUUAUUAUCCUUUUUUUUUACUGUUUUUAAGAACAAAUGGACAAGCAAAAUUUCGAGUUUAAAAGAAAUCUAACAUUUGAUGAGCGACAAAAGCAAUCACAAAGUAUGAGAAGACUUUAUUCUGACAAGACUCCAAUAAUUAUCGAGAAAUAUCGUUCUGAGAAACAAUUACCGAUAAUUGAUAGAAAUCGCUAUCUUGUACCCCAACACCUUCCAUGUUCUAAGCUGGUGGAAAUAGUUCGCCGCCGACUCACCUUACAUCCAAGUUAUGCUCUUUUUCUUCUCGCUGGUGGGAAAUCAUUAGUCUCCAAUUCCAAAUCUGUUGGUCAAGUCGCUGAACAAUUCAGAGACCCUGAUGGCUUCUUGUACAUUGUUUAUGCUUCUCAAGAAACUUUUGGCUGAACAAUCUGACAACAGUGACGAAUGAAAGAAAAGACAAUCUAAAUCAUCACCAUAAUAUUAAUCACUGAGAUAUUGGGAUGAAAUGAUUCGAUAAUCACCCAAGUUCAAACACAAAAAUCUAUCCAUUAAGGAGCAACAAUUAAAGAUGAUACGAAUGGCAGUGCCGUUGUAAUCAAAGAUGAAAAACAAUUCCCAUUGAAAUAAUAAGCAAUUGACUAACAAACUAGAAUGUUGAAUAAUACACAUUCUACAUUGUAAAUUUUACUCUAGUUUAACUUUUGUUUAUUAAAGAAAAACUUUUACGAAAAUUUUUCGUCUA